UAAAACACUCUGACUCUCACCCUCAUUCUGAAAGGAAUAAGAUAAUUUAUCAAGCUUAAAAAAUGAAGCUCGUCGCCGCAGAAGUCGUCUCCUUCCUCCGUCCAGCCAUGCUGGUUCUCCUGCCGCUGCUUCUGAUUGGCUGGGUCGGGCAGGCAGCGACGCUCCCUGUCGACCGGCCGCUCAGCCAGCCGCUACGAAACCCGGAGACGUACGAGGCUGUCCGGGACGUGUCAAAACACGCUCAGCGUGUGCAGACGGAGGACGAUUCCAGCACCAGACUGUUGCCCAGAGUCAACACUGACCAGGACCAUCUGAAGAUCUGCUGCCUGCACGCCAACAUCCUCAACUACUACCUGAACAACAUCCUGCCUCACCGUGACAACCAGCAUCCCAAGAUGCACCAGCUGAAGAACGACCUCACCCGCGUCAGCGAGGACCUGCAGACUCAAGGCUGUAAUGUGACUCACUACCAUGACCAUCAUCACGCUGUGGAGUUUCGCAGGAAGCUCGCCACGAUGGGGGGCGAGCGAGGUAUAAACAAAGCUGUGGGAGAGAUCGACAUCCUGUUCACUUACCUGCAGGACUUCUGCCUCCAGCUGAAAAACUCCACCGCCACCCUCGCCGCCGCACACUGACGCCUUGACUGAAGCAAACUGCCGCUUUAUAUUUCUAUUUAUCACCUUUUAUAUCACCAAGUUUUUAUACCUUUUAGUAUUCUUAUUUAUUAUUCUAUUUAAUUUGAGAACAUAUUUAACAUUUUUAAAAAAAUAUAUAAAUGUACAAUAUUUAUGUGACUUGAUUAGUUAUUGAUCUGUUUAUGGAUCAAAAUGUUUUAAUACCUGAGCUGAAAGGACUCUGGUGUUGAUCACGUUGCCAUGUUAUGGCUAAUUAUUACGGAGGAUGUUAUAGUCUUUAAAAGUUUAAUGUUACACACGAUGUGAAAAAUCUUUUUUUACUUGAAUAUAAAUAAAGUUUGGUUUGAUUAUGAA